UUGCAGCGGCAGCUUCCGGAAGCUUCUGAAUUCUUCUCCAAGAUUUGCCGCGACGAUAAAUCCUCUCGUUUCUCCGCUCGCUGAUUCAUUCUCAACGCAAAAUCCAAAAGAUAAGCACAGUUACGCAGCGAGAGCGAGAGAGGAGUGGAGAGCCAUGGCUUCCAUCGUGGCAUCGAAGAGGAUCCCACUGUUCCGCCUCGUGGAGCAGCUCCUCGCCGCGUCGCCGGCCCAAGGCGCCGCCUCCGCUCUCAGGCCGGUGGCCGUCGCCGGCGGGUCCCGUGCAUACAACACCGGCGCGCAGCUCCGCCGGCACGAGAGGGACGAGUCGGACGACGACAGCGGCCGUGGGUACGACACCAGGCGCCCCACACGCGACGCCACCAUGCCCGCCUUCUUCUCAGAUGUGUUCCGUGAUCCGUUCAGCGCGCCGCAGAGCCUCGGGCGGCUGCUGAGCCUCAUGGACGACCUGGCGACGCCGGCCGGGCGCGCCGGCGCCGCGACGCUGCGGCGCGGGUGGAACGCGAAGGAGAGCGAGGAGGCGCUGCACCUGAGGGUGGACAUGCCGGGCCUGGGGAAGGAGCACGUGAAGGUGUGGGCGGAGCAGAACAGCCUCGUGAUCAAGGGCGAGGGGGAGAAGGAGGCCGGCGAGGACGAGGGCGCCGCCCCGGCGAGGUACAGCGGCCGCAUCGAGCUCGCGCCGGAGGUGUACAGGAUGGACCAGAUCAAGGCGGAGAUGAAGAACGGCGUGCUCAAGGUGGUCGUGCCCAAGGUGAAGGAGGAGCAGCGCAGGGACGUCUUCCAGGUCAACGUCGAGUAGGAGCUCAAUCCGCGCGCGUUCGGCGUGCGAAGUUGCAGGAUGCGGAUGGAUCGUCUCCUUUUAUCCAAUAAGAAAUGCGGCGUGCUGUAGCUUUGUUUUGUUUUCGAAGUUAUGGAGAUAAAAGUUUUGGUUUACUUAUGAUAAAAAAAUUUUACUUAUGCGAUUGAUCUCGUAUCGCGAGAUCUCUCGCGUCGUGGUCAAAUUCAGGCGGACUCCGCGCGAAAACGGAGCGAGCGCGCACGUGAAGCGGAAGAACCGUGCGCGAGACAAUUAAAGCCAAGGCGUCCUUCAUUUUGCUCUACAUAUAUCCAUGAAAAAUCAAAACUUGGCGAGAGGAAUCAUUUUGCUGUGCAUGAUAAAAUUCAAAAUUUGGUUAGAGGAACCCGUUCUGUAAUUGGAAUGGUGACAGAAUUCAUAAAAAAAAUCAAAAACUUGGCUA